AUGGCUUCCUAUUCGCAAUACUUGACCAAGGCCCAAGAGGACGAGCUCCGCGGCAUUGCCAAUGCGAUCGUUGCUCCAGGAAAGGGAAUUCUCGCCGCUGAUGAAUCGACUGGCUCGAUGGAGAAGCGUUUGACCAGCAUCGGACUUGAGAACACCGAGGAGAAUCGCCGCAAGUACCGCCAACUCUUGUUCACCGCCGGCGCCGAUCUCGGAAAAUACAUCUCCGGUGUGAUCAUGUUCCACGAGACGUUCUACCAGAAGACCGACGACGGCAAACCAUUCGUCAAGGUUCUUCAGGAGCAGGGCAUCAUUCCCGGAAUCAAGGUCGACAAGGGUGUCAUCCCAUUGGCCGGCACCAUCGGCGAGGGAACCACUCAAGGUUUGGAUGACUUGAACGCCAGAUGCGCUCAGUACAAGAAGGACGGAGCCCAAUUCGCGAAAUGGCGUUGCGUCCACAAGAUCUCCACCACCACCCCAUCGGUGACUGCUCUCAAGGAGAUCGCUCAGGUUUUGGCUCGUUAUGCCUCGAUCUGCCAGCAGAACGGACUCGUCCCAAUCGUCGAGCCAGAGAUCCUUCCUGACGGCGAUCACGACUUGGCCCGCGGACAAAAGAUCACCGAGACGGUGCUCUCGUACGUCUACCACGCUCUCAAUGAGCAUCACGUGUUCCUCGAGGGAACUCUUCUCAAGCCAAACAUGGUCACCGCUGGACAGAGCUUCAACGGAACCAAGCCGACGAACGCCGAAAUCGGACUUGCCACCGUCACCGCUCUUCAGCGCGGAGUCCCAUCGGCUGUUCCGGGCGUCGUUUUCCUUUCCGGAGGACAAUCCGAGGAGGAGGCCACCAAGAACUUGAACGCCAUCAAUCAGGUCCAAGGAAAGAAGCCGUGGGCUUUGACGUUCUCCUACGGACGCGCUCUUCAGGCUUCGUGCCUCGCCAAGUGGGCUGGAAAAGACGAGAACAUCAAGGCUGCUCAGGAGGUUCUUCUCCAUCGCGCUCAGGUCAACUCAUUGGCUUCCGUCGGAAAAUACACUGGAGACGCGAACGCUGAUGCCGCUGCUUCACAAUCGCUUUUCGUUGCCAACCAUGUUUAUUAA